CCCUCCCAGUCCCAGACAAAGUCCCUUCCCUGUCUCAACAAGAUCUCAAAGUCCCUUCCCUCCCUCUCAUGUCUUGAUCUCUCUACUUAGCUUCUUGUUUCUAAUUAUACAAACACACACACACACACACAGAUAUAAAAAUUUGGUUUUGGUUAGUUACGUUGGUUGAAUGUGGAGAAACAAGAGAUAUAUCGACAUGCCGGCGGCGAUGUUGGGCUUCUUCUUGGGCUUGUUGGUGAUCAGCAGCGGAUUCCCGGCAAGCCUGAGAUUGGAGAGAGGCUUUCCCAGAAAUGAUUGGGUGGAAAUAAGUAAACUGAGGGCACGUGACAUGGCCAGGCAUGGCAGAAUCUUGAAAUCCUCCGAUGAUCAUAUCAUCGAUUUCCCCGUCCAAGGGACUUAUGAUCCCUACCUUGUUGGGCUUUAUUUUACCAGAGUUCAGUUGGGUUCUCCCCCAAAAGAAUUCUAUGUGCAGAUAGAUACAGGAAGUGAUGUGUUGUGGGUCGGUUGCAAAACCUGUGAUGGUUGCCCCAAAUCAAGUGGACUCCAAAUUGAUCUUGAACCCUUUGAUCCUUCGUCUUCAUCGACAGCUUCUUUGAUCUCGUGUUCAGACGAUAGAUGUGCACUUGGAGCGCAAACUUCUGAUUCUUACUGUUCUAGAGAGGAUGAUCAAUGCAUUUAUUCGUUCCAGUAUGGAGACGGAAGUGGGGCUUCAGGUUUUUAUGUGUCAGACAUAAUGCAUCUUGACACAAUUGUUAGGGAUUCGCCAACUUCAAACACUUCAGCGAAUGUUGUCUUUGGUUGUAGCACGUCACAGACUGGAGACUUAUCAAAGCCAGACAGAGCAGUUGAUGGGAUAUUUGGUUUUGGACAGCAGAGCUUGUCUAUUGUCUCACAACUUUCUUCCCAGGGGAUAACUCCAGACGCUUUCUCUCACUGUCUGAAGGGAGGUGAAACUGGUGGUGGAAUUUUAGUUUUUGGUCAGAUUGUGGAACCAAAUCUUGUUUAUACUCCACUUGUCCCGUCACAGCCACACUAUAAUAUAAAUUUGCAGAGCAUAUCUGUCGAUGGGAAGAAAUUACUAAUUGAUUCAUCCGUUUUUGCGACAUCAGAUGAUGGAGGUACCAUAAUUGAUUCAGGAACAACACUAGCAUACCUUGUAGAGGAAGCAUAUGAUCCAUUUGUUGAUGCCAUAACAGAAGCUGUUUCACAAUCUGCAACCCCUGUCGUUUCUAAAGGAAGCCAAUGCUAUUUUAUCACCGGAAGUGUUUCUGAAAUAUUUCCCACGGUUAAUUUUAACUUUUAUGGCGGUGCACCAUUCGUUCUAAAACCUGAAGACUAUCUUCUGCAGCAAAAUUCCGCAGAUGGUGCUACAGCAUGGUGCAUUGGCUUCCAGAAGAUGAACGGAACUACAAUUAUAGGAGACCUUUUUCUGAAAGACAAGAUCAUUGUUUAUGAUCUUGGUGGCCAGAGGAUUGGAUGGGCUGACUAUGACUGUUCAAUGCCAGUUAAUGUAUCAACAGCUCGAAGGCCCAAGAGAAGUGGGGUUUUCAACACAGUUAGUGGAAGCAGUUCGCAACGGGAUGUAUUUUUAAGGCCAAUUACCCUUAGCAUAUUAUUUGUCAUCUUGCACAUAUCAGUACAUUUCAGUCUCUCAUGUUUGUAACAGCAGUUGCAAGUUCAGAAGCUAUCCAGAACCCCAUUCUUUAUUCCUUGAAUAUUAGGUGUGCCUUGCCAUCCAAUAAUCUUAUUAACUUGGGUACCUGCUUCCAGUCCAAGACCAAUAGCAUUCUAAAUUUGAGGGGAAAUGUACAUCAAACUGAUGAGAAACACAGAUGGGCUUCUCUUGUAUCGACACUUACAAGUUACAAGUACAUUACAGUUCACUGGCAAUUUUACAGAAAUAUACAAGCAUUGGCUAUCAGUAUAUCAAGUAUGAAGUUGACAUUCAUUUCGUUACAGCACUAAUCUUUGGUUGCUUCUAUUGGAUAGAAUGGAAUGAAAAUUUUACUGUAUCUGAGGGUGGUUGGAAAAAAAUGUUUAUAAUUUCCAUUUCUUUCAUCAUUCCAUUCUUACGAAGGACAAGCAGUAGGAGCAUUAGAUGAAGGAUUAAUUAAUCUCCAAGCCUGGUGCCAGGCAACUGGGUCUCUUAUACUCAGCUUUUCAUUGUUAACGAAGCAAAAGAUCAUAAA